AUGGGGAUAGCAGACGGGGACAAGAAUGGCGGUUCUGUUCUGAAUCUUGAAAUUCAGAAGCUUAUGAACCACUUGAACAGACCAGCUGUUAAGUCUAUCAAGAGCCCUGAUGGUGAUAUAAUCGAUUGCGUUCAUAUUUUAAAUCAGCCAGCUUUUCAAAAUUCGAAGCUCAGGGAUCACAAAAUUCAGAUGAAACCGAGUUUUCAUCCAGAAGGAAUGAUGUUUGAAGAAAAUGAAGCAUCAUCUUCAAGGCAAAAGCCAAUUUCUCAGUUGUGGCACCAAAGCGGAAGUUGCCCAGAAGGAACCAUUCCGAUAAGAAGAAUAAGAGAAGAAGACAUCUUAAGAGCAGAGUCUAUCCAAAGAUUCGGGAAGAAGAACCACAAGAGCAUUCCUGAGUUUACAUCUUUUAAAACUGAAGCUCAGCACCAGUUUGCCACAGUUUAUGUGACGGGAGAUAAGUAUUAUGGAGGCAAGGCAUCCAUGAACAUUUGGAAACCCAUAGUUGAAAAGCAUAACGAAUUUAGUAACUCUCAAUUGGGGAUACAAAAUGGCAAUACUAGUAAAGGUUACGAUAGCAUUCAAGCUGGCUGGCAGAUGAAUCCACAGCCAUAUGGAGAUAAUAACACCAGACUUUUUACAUUUUGGACAGCAGAUUCAGGUCAAAGUACAGGAUGUUUUGAUAUGCUUUGCUCUGGUUUUGUUCAGCUUAACAAUGGAGUAGCUGUGGGAGCCUCCAUCCAACCAUUGUCUGUCUAUGGCGACCUUAAAUCCCAAUUUGACAUGACCAUCCUUAUUUGGAAGGAUCCAAUCAAUGGAGAUUGGUGGAUGCAAUAUGGGAGAGAUACAGUGGUGGGAUAUUGGCCAUCGUCUUUGUUUGGACGCCUCUCUGAUGGGGCAACGACGAUACUGUGGGGAGGUGAAGUGUUAAACUUAGCAUCUGAAGAUGGGAAACACAGCACAACACAAAUGGGAAGUGGACAUUUUGCUGGGGAAGCUCAAGGGAGAGCAAGUUAUUUCAGGAACAUUACAAUUGUGAACGGGAAAAACCAAUCUGUGCCUCCUCCUAAUGGUGUUGCCACUUACUCUGAUCAUGUCAAGUGCUGCAAUGUGAAAAUGGCAUCUUCUAAUGAUGAACUUGGAGCCUACUUCUAUUUUGGUGGUCCAGGAAGAAAUCUUGCUUGCCUUUGA